AUGGCCGAACAAAUUAUCAACACUAUUUAUUUAAUUUGUGAACAACCUGAUAUUUUAUGUGCUGAAAUUAUCAAAAGAAAAACGGUAAAAUUGUUUGAUCUUAAACAACAUUCUGACGAUGAUAUGGAAAUUGACAUGGCAGGCGAGGGAGAAGAUUCAUCAACAUCUGAAGCAUUUAUGCGAGAUCCAAAUCAAUUAAGUCAACUUAUAUUUAUUGCAGGGCAUGUAGCGAUCAAACAGAUAGUCCAUCUGGAAGCGAUUGAAUUGGAAUGGAAAAGACAAAAAGUUGAAUUAGGCAAACAUAAGAGUUCAACGAAUUCUAUAGAUGAUGAAUUAGAACAAGUGACAGGAACCAGUGAAGAUGAUAUAUAUGAAGUUUUAAUGUAUAUUCGUGAACAAGAACUUCUUUAUGGUUCUGAUUCAUUGUUAUCAGUUUUUGGACCUUUAGUAGUACACAUAUGUUCAAUAAACAAAAGUUAUAAUAAUCAAAUGUUACAAGUAGUAUCAACUUUAACAUUAACCAAGUUCAUGUGUGUUAGUUCUAAAUUCUGCGAGGACAAUCUACAACUACUAUUCACAAUACUAGAAAAAACCAACGAUCCAACAAUAAAAUGUAACAUUAUCAUAGCGUUGGGUGACAUGACAGUUUGUUUUAAUAAUGUCAUUGAUCAGCAUAUUAAUUAUUUGUAUAAUAGAUUGUCGGAUGAUAACACACUGGUUAAGAAGAAUGCAUUGAUGGUGUUAACACAUUUGAUUCUUAAUGGAAUGAUCAAAGCUAAAGAUCAACUUAUCGAAAUGCAUAAAUGUUUAGGGGAUGAUGAUCAGAGAAUUAGCGACCUUGCUAAAUUAUUCUUUUCGGAAUUGGAAACUAAAGAUAAUGCUGUGUAUAAACAGUCUCCAAAAUUAUUAGACGUUAUACAGAUGAUGUUAAUUAAUAAUGCUUCGAUGGUUAUUAAUAAUUAUCUUUGUAAAGGAAAAUUUAUUGUAUUUGACUUAAAUAAACCUGAAGAUGAUGAACUUGCAAUACGAUUGAGAUUUGAUACUUCAUUAAAUUUAUAA